AUGAGUGCGUCUGCGUCGAGUGAGCCGACGUACUUUUCGUCGGCGGCCCUCGAUCGUGCGUGUGCAGGGAUGGCCGCAGGAGUCAUAUCGACGAUGUGCAUGAACCCGCUGGACCUGGUCAAAACACGAUUCCAGGUGAACCAAGUGCCCUUUUCCGCAGAGCCAGCCGACCGAUCACGGCUGUACCAGGGCAUUGCACGUCGUCCAUGGCUGUUUUAUAUGAUGGGCGGCAAACCUGUGGUCGACAUUGUCGAUGCGGUGCGUGGGAUUGCCGCGCAGGAUGGGCUUGCAGGGCUGUAUCGUGGUGUGAUGCCCAACAUUGUCGGCAAUGCCUCCAGUUGGGGUCUGUACUUCUUGUGGUACACCAUGAUCAAAGACUACAUGGCGCAGCACCAUAGCCGCGGCGCAUCACAGCCGCUCACGGCCAGUGAGCACUUACUCGCAGCGAGUACGAGUGGCGUGAUCACAGCAGUGAUGACCAACCCCUUGUGGGUCAUCAAGACGCGCAUGUUCACCUCGUCGGCCCUGCAGCCCACGGUGCGGCCCAGUGCUGCUGGCACCCAUAGCGCGACAAGUGAGCCUGGGCGCGCAGGCCUCGCUACGUCGAAAACCAACGCGCCGAUCGUCUACCGCAACAUGUGGCAUGGCUUUGUAUCGACGUGGCAGACCGAAGGCAUUGUCGGUUUGUACCGCGGCGUCGGCCUAGCGAUUAUCGGCGUGUCGAACGGCGCGAUCCAGUUCAUGGCCUACGAGCAGCUGAAACAGUGGCGCUCCUCGGCGUACUUACGCCGCACGAGUAGCGACGCCCGCUUUUCGGAGCAACAGCUCGACAACGUCAAGUUGCCCAACGUGGAGUAUACCCUGAUUUCCGGCGCCGCGAAGCUGUUUGCGAUUCUCCUGACGUACCCUUACCAGGUGAUCCGCUCGCGGGUACAGUCCCUCGCCACGUCGCAUCUCUACCGCAGUACAUGGGACUGUGCGCGGAUCACGUUCCGCGACGAAGGCCUGCGUGGCAUGUACCGCGGCCUGGCGACGAACAUUGUGCGCAUUCUCCCGGGGACCUGCGUCACCUUUGUCGCGUACGAAAACGUGUCGUGGAUGCUACGUACAGCUGCCGCGCGGCGGUCCUCUACAUCGACGUCGGAACAACACACUGUAUAA